CUUUUUCUCCCUUUUCUAUCACCUUGUGCCUUCAUUUACGUUAUAAAUUAGUCUCUGGUCCAAUGUUCAAGAAGCCGUUUAACAUAAAGAGCCGUACACCGGUGCGGUCCUCUGACUGUCGACGUCUAAUUAAGGAGGCGAAGGAGGAAUUCCCUGAGGCGUGGGGGGCCGUCGAGGAUGCAAAGGACUCUGACGCAGUGCUACCGGUUCCAAACAACCUGCAAACAGCCAAAUUCGUAUCGCAUGUUGGCGAAAGGGGCCAGAUUAUAUACGAUGGGCCGGGUGACCCGCUGUGGAUCAAGGCCGAGCUUCUCGACAACCAGGAAUCGGUGUUGGUGCCGACGGUCUACUCGCUGUGGAGGUUUCCAACCAUGCUGCCGAUACUGUGGACAUGGCCAGCAGUAGUCAAAAAGCUGAUCAACGGAGCCGACCUGAUGGCUCCUGGACUGAUCAUUCCUGACGGCGGGCUGCCCGAUCUCAAGAGGGGCGCUGUCGUGGCUAUUUGCUGCCCAGGGAGUUUGGCUGCGCAGGCAGUUGGCGUCCUGACCUUUGAGACCAAGGGUGUCACCAGUGUUGCUGGUGCCAAGGGCAAGGCAGUGCUGAUCACCCACACGUACAAGGACCAUCUAUGGGAGUCUGGUAGCAAGGCGCAUCCACAAGAGAUUCUACAGGCGGGCACGGGUUCUGCGCUGCAUGUGGAGGGUGAUUUUGGCGAUAGCAGCGAUGACGGUGGAGGCGAGGAUGACGGAGGCGACUGGACUGUGGUGACCAAGAAACCGCCUGCCAGUGGCACGGCCGCAGCGACUAGCGAAGAGUUGGUACCACUAGAGCGCGACAGCGCACAGCUGAGCGCACGGCUGGAAAAGGAGGCUGUGAUUUCAGAGUCAGCUGCGGCCCCAGUAUCGGAGCCGUCAACUAAGCCUACGCCAGCCGAGAUGGAUUCGCUGUUGCUGGAGGCACUCAAGCAGGUCAUGGCCACAGUGCUGGACCAGAAGGCGGCCACAGAUCUGCUUCCGCUCAACUCGUCGACGCUCUACUCUCAUUACAUUGUUUCCAAUGCGCCGCACAACCAGGAGCUCGACAUCAAAAAGUCAACGUACAAGAAGCUGGCCAAGUUUCUGAAGGCAGCUGAGAAGCGUGGCCUGGUGCAGCUGAAGGAUAUCCGCGGCGAAUCGCAUAUCAAGUCGUUCAACUGGAAACACAAGGAGAUGCUCGAGUACAAGCCGUACAAGGUGUCGUUGGCGAAAAAGGGCCAUGCUGUGGCAAGCAGCGCAGCGACUGGCGCAUCUUCAGCUCAGCCCACGGUUGGCCGAGUUGAUAAGACCGCCAGUGGCAUGAUCCAGGUCAUCGAGCUUUUCAAGCCCUCAAACGGCCUCAAGCCGCUGUUUGAUGAGGUCGGCGCCUCAACGCCGUCGGGAUACUUUAGCCGCCAUCAGGCGCGGAGUGUGCUUGAGGAUUAUAUCAAGGCGCACGGCCUUAUCGAUCCCAAGAACCCGCGGCAGGUCAAACUGGACCACCGUUUGUGCGAUGGGCUGCUGACCAAGGAUGAGUACUCGAAGCUGACUGUGUUCCCGCGCGACAAACUGCAGUCGCGGCUACAGGAAAAGAUGACGCUGUACACCGAGCUUCGUAUUCCCGGUAAGACGCCGACGGCCAAGAUCGGCGCUCCGCCACAGGUAGAGAUCUUGUGCGAGAAGAAGAUGGGCAACAAGGUCAUCACCCGCACUGUUGGCCUGGAGAAGUACGAGAUUGAUCCCCAUGCGGUAGCCAAGGAGCUGCGCACGAUUUGUGCAUCGAGUACGACUGUAGAUCCGGUCCCUGGCAAGAAAAACGCCUUGGCGGUGAUUGUACAGGGACACCAUGUCAGCGCCCUGGCCAAGCUGCUGGAGAAGCACGGCCUCCCACCGCGGCUGAUCACUGUCACCGACAAGACGAGCAAGCCGAAGAAGAAGUAAAUAGAGCGACCACCAUACCUGCUUUCAAUCGCAGUGCCAAGGUAAAAAGGGAGUAAUAACACAGGCUCCAACGAGUCCACAUUCUUGGCGGACUACCUGGAUUGCUUGGCAUAACAACCACAGCAGAUCCCGCCACUUAUCUCCACCCUCGUUUAUACCGCGCCUAGCACCCAGGACACAUGGUCUCUUCCUUGGCAUGAUUUCCAAUAUACUACCCCUCUUUUUCGCACAUUGGAAUAAUCCAAUACAGCUCUUGACCUCCGC